UUAUCGAGUCAAAAUAAAGAAAGCAAUUUUCCAUUUUUCUCAAAAUCUUUUCACUAACCUUAUACACUUUCUACACCUUCUUCUACGCAAAUGGCUGCUCCUCCUACCCCAGUCAUCGUUUUGCCGAAAGUAACUAUUGAUAUAAAAAAUUCUUCUUUUCCUUUGUUCCUCAGUUUAAUGUUGUUUUGUUCUUAAGAGGUAUGAUAGAACGAAUCAGGAACCAUAGAUAUAGAUUUUGUGGUUUGGAUAUUAUUCAUAAUGAGCGAGAACAGCUCAAGAACAUCACCACCAUUCUGCAGUACCUAGGCGGGAUAUCGGCGGUUGGGAUUCUGAACCCUUCAGGAGGUUUGGACCAGAACGGACACGUGCGAUUUAGGCACAAAGCCUGCUACUAUGUUUACUUUGGAUGCGCUGAGUUUGCGUUUCUGGGAAGUCUGGUUGGUGCUGUCUACUUGACGGUUAACGUGUCAAGAGAUGCGGCUCGCAUUCGUAGGAUGCUUCGUAACGGAUUCAUCAUUCUUAGCAUCGUGGGUUUCUUCUUUCUGACUGCCUUCACCGCUGGGGUCUGGACGAUUGUCCCGAUCCUGGAGGAGAAGAGUGUCUCGUUUGUCCCGAUUGGCGCAACAGUGGCUGCAUUGUUGAAGAUGGCUGUCUCGAUCGUUGUUUGGUGUCUCAGGCUUUGAGUGAUGGAGCGGUGAAAUUAAUAACGGCGGCGUACCCCAAUAAUUCGUGGACCAUUGAAGAAUAAAUUUGUUUUAUUUUA